AUGCUGUCAAUACUACGGAAGGCGCGUCUCAAGGACAAGGAGAUGCGAAUCUUGAUGCUUGGGCUUGACAAUGCGGGAAAGACGACCAUUGUGAAGAAGAUCAUGAACGAGGAUGUGAACAGUGUCAGCCCUACGCUUGGUUUCAUCAUCAAGACGAUCGAGUAUGAUGGCACAGGGGAUGUCGGUGGCCAGAAGACAUUGCGGACGUACUGGAAGAAUUAUUUUGAGAAGACUGACACGCUCAUCUGGGUUGUCGAUGCGACUGACCGCGAGCGGAUAGACGAUUGUCGACAGGAAUUGGCGGGGUUGCUGCUGGAAGAGCGUUUGUCUGGAUCCAGUCUGCUUGUGUUCAAAAACAAGAGCGAUGUGCCGGGGUCCAUGACGGAAGACGAGAUUCGCGAGGUGGGUGAGGGCUUAGGAAGAUGUUGA